AUGCAGAGAGACGUAUACGUUGACAAUGUCCUUUCAAGUUUCCAACUACAAGUUGAAUUACUUACCUACUUCCGAGAAGCACGGAGCCUUAUGUCGAAAGCCGGAAUGAAUCUUCGUUCGUGGACAUCAAAUAGUGCCGCCCUUAGGUCUCAAGCUGCAGCGGAAGGAGUAUUGGACAAUGAUGAGGUUACUAAAGUACUUGGUAUGCGCUGGGAACCAGUUGCCAACCAGAAGUCAUUUGCCAGACGAGAAAUCCCAUUGUUAGAGACUGUUACUAAGAGAACCAUUUUGCGAUAUUCAUCACGCAUUUAUGACCCCCUUGGGCUACUUAGUCCAGUGACGGUACGCGCAAAACUGCUGCUUCAAGAAUUGUGGAAGUUAAAUUACGACUGGGACAUACCAUUGUCUUUGACAGUCCUUGCAAACGAUUUAAAUACAGUUACAGAUGUCAAGUUUUCAAGGAAGCACUUAAUCGAUCCUUCUGACACUGAAAAAGGAAGUACGACAGAAUGUGACACAUAUUUGCACAUUUUUGUUGACGCCAGCACAAAAUCCUAUGGGGCCACAGCAUACAUCUGCAACAAAUCUGAUUCAAAACUGGUGAUGGCAAAAAAUCGAGUAGCGCCACUAAAAUUUCUUACAUUACCGCAACUUGAGCUUUUGGCAGCAUUAGUUGGCGCACGUCUAGCUACACACCUGCAUUCGUGCUUGAACGUAUCGGACGUAACAUUUUGGUCAGAUAGUCAAAUUGUGCUUUACUGGUUAAACACAAACAGGCCACUUAAAAGAUUCGUCCAAAAUCGCGUCAUUGAAAUACAAAGCCUUACCCCACAAUAUGAAUGGAAAUACUGUCCCAGAUGUGAUAAUCCUGCCGAUCUUCUUACACGCGGGAUUUCUACAGAUCAGUUUAUCAGCAAUAAUCUCUGGGAGACAGGACCGACGUGGAUUCUCGAGAAAUCUCGCUGGCCACGAUGGGAACAUGCCCCUUCAAAUUUACAAACGCCAGAGAUCGAGCAGACGACAUUUACAGAAGAUGACAGAUUACCGCCAACAAAUAUAGCCAAUCUACAGUGUACAAUUCAGCAAGGAAUUCACGAUGUUAUAGACAUAGAAAGAUACAGCAGUUACCGUAAACUACUCCGCGUUACAGCUUAUGUUCUGAGAUAUAUUUCAAACUGCAAGAAACUACUAAGUGACAGACAGGUCAGUACUUUGUCAGUGAGAGAACUUUGUGAUGCCGAAAAAAAAUGGUUGUUAUCAUGCCAAGCUGUAACAUAUUCUACGGAAAUAUCGGAGAUACAGUCCAAAAUGACGUGUAGGUCACCCAUAAUCAGGCAGUUAAGGCUUUUCUUAGACGACUAUGGACUUAUUCGCUGCAAUGGAAGAAUACAUAAUGCCUCACUGGCCGACGUCACAAAGUUCCUGUACCUUUUACCAAAGAAGCAUCCACUGACCCGCUUGAUUGUAACUGAUGCUCAUGAAAAUCAAUUGCAUUCAGGAAUUAAUUCCACCGUCACGCAACUUCGACAGAAAUACUGGAUACCCGCCAUAAGACAAUGCGCUAAGUCAGUUUUGCGUAAAUGCGUAAUUUGCCGCCGAGUUACUGGGAGACCUUACACAGCACCAGAUACCCUACCACUACCCAAGAUAAGAGUGAAAGAGUCGCCGCCAUUCAGUGUCACAGCGGUUGAUUUCACAGGCGCUCUUUACGUCAAAGACAAUACCGGAAGUGAAAUCAAAGUCUACAUAUGCCUUUUCACAUGUGCUGUAACUAGAGCUGUACACCUGGAAGUAGUCCCUAACUUAUCAGAGGAUUCCUGUUUACAAGCAUUUCGCCGAUUCGCCAGCCGGAAGUCGAUGCCGCAAGUUAUGAUCUCAGAUAACGCCGCAACAUAUUUGUCUGCAUCAAACUACUUGAAGCGUAUGUUUGAAUAUUCUUCCGUGAUGGAAAUGCUUAAUAGGAGAGGAAUUGAAUGGAAAUUCAUCCCAAGCAGAGCACCGUGGUACGGAGGUUUCUGGGAGCGCUUAAUUGGUCUUACAAAAACUACAUUCAAAAAGAUACUAGGGAAAGCCUGCAUAAGCUUUGAAACACUUCAAACAAUCGUCACAGAAAUAGAAGCGAUCAUGAAUGACCGUCCCUUAACUUACAUUUCAUCCAACUUCGACGACCCGGAACCAUCUUGUAUGGCCGAAGAAUAA